AUGACUGACCACGCGGUGUCCAACAGUGCCUUGGCGAGUCUUUUUGAGUGUCCGGUGUGUUCGAACCAUGUCUUGCCUCCAAUUACACAGUGCCAGAAUGGCCACCUCGUUUGUCGUGAAUGUCGCUCAAGGCUCGCCCACUGUCCAACUUGCCAGGGCCCGCUGACAGCCGUUCGCAACUUGGCCAUGGAGAGAGUGGCCGAUUUAGUACUCUUCCCGUGUAGAUACGCCUCUUCGGGAUGCGGAGCAACCGUGCCGCCCACAGAAAAAGCAGACCACGAAGAACACUGCGAGUUUAGGCCCUGUCGUUGCCCUUGCCCUGGCGCUUCCUGUGGGUGGCAAGGCGCCAUGGAUGCCGUUGUACCACACGUGAUGCAGCACUAUAACAACUCCGUUAUAACCCUGCAGGGAGAAGUUGUCGUUUUCCUUGCAGUCAACAUUAAUCUGGCUGGUACCCUCAACAGGGUGAUGGUGCAGUCCUGUUUUGGGUCUCACUUCUUACUAAUUUUGGAGAAACUGGAAAUCCACGACAGUUUCCAGAAAUUCUUUGCCGCUGUCCAGCUGAUAGGAACACGCGAGCAAGCUGAACAUUUUACUUAUCGACUUGAGCUAAACGGUACGAGACGGCGAUUGAUGUGGGAAGCCACGCCUCUAUCUAUUCAUGAGCGAAUUGAAACAGCGUUUCUGAACUGUGACUGCCUAGUUUUAUACCCCAGAGUUGCAGAACUUUUCGCAGAAAAUGGCGAUUUAAGCAUCAACGUAACUAUUUCCAUGACUUGA